UUGACAGGUAAACAAUGUGAACUAGCUGAGCCCAGGUUUGUAUCGGAAACUUGAGUAGGUCUCUAUAUAAAUUGCGUUCCCUCAUCUCGGUUUGGUCAAGAGUUCUCUUUAGCCGUGCUAACACUUAGACCAUUAACAAUGCAGCUCAUUACAGUCAUCACACUGUUCGCUUCCUUGACUGUGAGUUAUGCAGCGAUUGUUCGUGGCAGAGUUCCCUGCCCAGAUGGACACAAAGAUGGAGAUGUGUUGUAUCUACCAAACUGUGUGCGUUUUAUCUGCAGGUCCACCGAGUACACCUAUGAGAGCUGCGGCGCUUUGGGCUACGAUAAAACAACAUGCUACUCCGUUAAGACCAACGCCACUGCCAACUACCCAGAGUGCUGCAAAGCAAAAUUGUACUGCUUGGGAGAUGCUGACUUUGACCCAGCCUAUUUAGACUAUCCAGCUCAGUAAUAACACAUUCCAGCCUAUUUAUUUGUACCUACUAUAUAAUAGGUUAUCAUAGUAAAGGUUCUUCACAUUAA